CGGGCCAAUCCGUGCCGCUGCUCCGCACUGCGCAGGCGCGGGGGUUGGACGAGGAGCCGAGGCCCCGCCCCCUCCGUCCACCAGGCCACGCCUCCUCGGCCCGCCAGGCCACGCCCCCCGCCUCUUUUCCCGCCGCCGCCGCCGCCAUGAGCGGGUGGGCCCCGUACGUGGACACGCUGCUGGCGGACGGCACCUGCCAGGACGCCGCCAUCGUCGGCUAUCGCGAUACCCCCGCCGUGUGGGCCGCGGCCCCCGGCAAGACCUUCGCUAAUAUCACGGCAGCGGAGGUGCAGGCGCUGGUGAGCCCCGAGCGGGGGCCGCUGCUGGUGUCGGGGCUGACGCUGGGGGGGCUGCGCUGCUCCGUGAUCCGGGACUCGCUGCUGGUGGAGGGCGAGCACAGCAUGGACCUGCGCAGCAAGGGGGGGGCACCCGGCACCCCCACCGUCAACAUCACCGCUGCCAUCACCAACAAGACCAUCGUGUUGGCCAUGGGCAAGGAGGGCGUCCACGGCGGGUGUGUGAACAAGAAGUGCUACGACAUGGCCAACCACCUGCGGCGCUCGCAGUACUGAGCGCCCCACAAGUGCCCCCUGCCCCACAAGUGACCACCCGGGACCCACAAGUGACCCCCCCCCGGGACCACCAGGACCUGCCAGGGACCACCAGGACCUUCAGGACCUAAUCCCCCCUCCCCCUUUUACACACUCCCCCGCUGCGGGCAGCAAUAAAGACGCCUCGUGGGGAGCUGC